AUGGGUCAAGCAGCGACGCUACCACAGAGAAAAGGCACCUAUAUCAUGGAGCUUCAUGAAUGGUAUAGAAAGUUUAUCAAUGAGUGCCCUAGUGGACUGAUUACGCUCCAUGAAUUUCAAAGGCACUUCUGUGAUGGUACAGUGGGCAACGAGUCUUCAGAAUAUGCCGAGCAGAUAUUCAGAACUCUGGACAAUAAUGGGGACGGGAUUGUUGAUUUCCGAGAGUAUGUGACUGCUAUAAGUAUGCUGAUUCAAGGCUCCCCUGAAGAGAAGCUGCGAUGGUCCUUCAAGUUGUGUGACAAGGAUAAAGACGGCGCUAUUACGCGAUCAGAAAUGUUAGAAAUUAUGCAAGCUAUAUAUAAAAUGAGUCUGGCUGCUUCUCUAACAAAAGCAAACCCUUUAACUGUGGAGGAAUGCACAAACAAGAUAUUCAGCAGACUGGACAAAGACAAAAAUGCCGUUAUCAGCCUAGAAGAGUUUAUCGAAGGAGCUUUAGAUAACGACUGGAUACGUGAAAUGCUCGAGUGUGACCCCAACACAGUCAAAGUGGAAAUGCCUCAGAAAACCUCUCCUGUCUAGCAAGCUGCCUACCUCUGCAUGACUCAACACCAUUAAGGAACCCAACCUGUAGGGAAUUAUACAGCUCCUUAGCAACAAGCUAUUUAUUGCACAGUAGUUGUGGUGAUUUGAAAAAUUUAAAGAGACACUGCCUGUGUAGCACUGUAAAAAUAGCAUUAUGCAUUUUUCAAUGACUUACUGUUUUUUUGAGAAUUACAGGUCGUAGUUCAUA